GCCCGGAGCGCGCGCGACCAUGAACGGGGAGGCCAUCUGCAGCGCCCUGCCCACCAUCCCCUACCACAAGCUCGCCGACCUGCGCUACCUGAGCCGCGGCGCGUCCGGCACCGUGUCGUCGGCCCGCCACGCAGACUGGCGCGUCCAGGUGGCGGUGAAGCACCUGCACAUCCACACGCCGCUGCUCGACAGUGAAAGAAAUGAUGUCUUAAGAGAAGCUGAAAUUUUACACAAAGCUAGAUUUAGUUACAUUCUUCCAAUUUUGGGAAUUUGCAAUGAGCCUGAAUUUCUGGGAAUAGUUACUGAAUACAUGCCAAAUGGAUCAUUAAAUGAACUCCUACACAGAAAAACUGAAUAUCCUGAAGUUCCUUGGCCUUUGAGAUUUCGCAUCCUGCAUGAAAUUGCACUGGGUGUAAAUUACCUGCACAAUAUGAAUCCUCCUCUACUUCAUCAUGACUUGAAGACUCAGAACAUUUUAUUAGAUAAUGAAUUUCAUGUUAAGAUUGCAGAUUUUGGUUUAUCAAAAUGGCGUAUGAUGUCCCUCUCACAAUCACGAAAUAGUAAAUCUGCACCAGAAGGAGGGACAAUUAUCUACAUGCCACCUGAAAACUAUGAACCUGGGCAAAAAUCAAGAGCCAGUGUCAAACAUGAUAUAUAUAGCUAUGCAGUUAUCACAUGGGAAGUUUUGUCCAGAAAACAGCCUUUUGAAGAAGUCACCAACCCUUUGCAGAUUAUGUAUAGUGUAUCACAAGGACAUCGACCUGACACUAAUGAAGAAAGUUUGCCAUUUGAUAUACCUCAUCGAGCACUUAUGAUCUCUUUAAUACAAAGUGGAUGGGCACAAAAUCCAGAUGAAAGACCAUCUUUCUUAAAAUGUUUAAUAGAACUUGAGCCAGUUCUGAGAACAUUUGAAGAGAUAACUUUUCAUGAAGCUGUCAUUCAACUAAAGAAAACAAAGUUACAGAGUGCUUCAAGUACUAUUCACUUAUGUGAGAAGAAAAUGGAAUUAUCUCUGAACAUAUCUGUAAAUCAUGGUCCACAGGAGGAAUCAUGUGGAACCUCUCAGCACUAUAAAAGUAGUGUCUCUUCUGGAACUUCAAGGUCCCUGUCAGUGCCUCAAGACAAUGGUUUUUUAUCUAGAAAAAUGCAAGACUAUUCUGUGCUGCAUCAAUGUCCAGUAAAUCACAGCUGUGAUAGUAACGUUUAUACAACUCAGAGGGUGACAUUCUGUGAUCACAAGACUAGUGUACCCUCUACAGCAACAAUAAAUUCACUCUCAGCUGAGGGAAAUUCAGAGCGAUUACAGCCUGGUAUAGCCCAACAGUGGAUCCAGAGUAAAAGGGAAGACAUUGUGAACCAGAUGACUGAAGCCUGCCUUAACCAAUCGCUAGAUGCCCUGCUGUCUAGGGACUUGAUCAUGAAGGAGGACUAUGAACUCAUUAGUACCAAACCAACAAGGACCUCAAAAGUCAGACAAUUACUGGACAUCACUGACAUCCAAGGAGAAGAAUUUGCCAAAAUUAUAGUACAAAAGUUGAAAGAUAAUAGGCAAAUGGGUCUUCAGCCUUACCCGGAAACACUUUUAGUUUCUCAAUUACCAUCUUUAAAUUUAUUUCAAAAUAAAAGUGUAUAGGUGACUCUUUUGCAAGAAGUAAAGACAGUUUUAUAAAGGAGUUUUUUAUAUUUCUGAUAUUUUGAUCAAAUUGUUUUUAUAAAACCCAUAUGAGUAUUAGAAGCUUUAAUGAAGUUUCUUCUUCAGGUAAAUAUUAGUCUCCUUUCAUAACAUUACAGUAUUCUUUAAUAUAAGUAGAAAGUUUUCAUUUUCUUACAUAGUUCACUAUUUUGUCUCAUGGUUAAUUAAAAACAUUUUUAAAGUGUAAUAAUUAUAUUCUUGUGAAUAACAAUAUCAAAGUGUCAUAUUUCACAUGCACUCUGGAUUAUUUAUUAUUUGUCUAAGACAUAAUUUUGCCUUAUGAAGUAUGCCCUUUAUACUUAGAAAGUAGUAGUUCAGCCUUCCUGUUGUACAAUCCCAUGUUCUUUAAACUCUAUUAUUCAGAUUACAUUAAGUUUUAUUUAUUGAAUUCUACUUUUGAAAAAUCAUUUCACACCUGAACAUUACAUAAUGUUAUAAAGCAAUGUUACUUCAAUAAAUAAAUAAAUAAUUUCAAAGGUAAAAUAGAUAAAAAGUAUAUAAAGAAAAAAGUUAAUUUUUCAACAUGGGACUUUGUCCUCCUGUCUAACCCCAGCCUUCCCCAUUGUCACAGCAACUAGCAGCCUUCAUUCUCACAUUUAAAGUGUCUAUCUUUUGGGAAAGGGUCUUAAUAUCAUUAAACACUGCAGCUUGUUUUCUUAUACUCACAGUAUAUCACGUAUAGGCUUCUAGAUCAUAGCUCUACUCAUUCUUUCUAAUUGCUGAACAAUAUUAUCAGGACUACUGUGUUGUUUCCUUUACUUAUAUAUACCAAAUUUAGUUCAAAUAAUAAAGAUAUAAUGGUUUGUUUUUUUUUUCUUGGUUAACAGGUUUUAGCGCAAAAUAAAAGCUUACAAGGAAUAAUAGCCCUUUUCUUAAAAAGUGUUUUAAUGAAGUCAGCAAAAAUUAAGAUAAAGGAUAUAUUUGAAAUUACAAACUUUCAAGAAAAUCUAGACCUAUAAAUUUUUAAAAAGAUGAAUAAGAGUAAAAAAUUAUU